AUCGAAUUAGAACCCAAACCUAUAUAUGGUUCCGUGUAAAUAAACUCCGUCACCAGUCUCAAAAUGAAGUACUUGAUUCUUAUAUUUCUAGCCACUUCAGUGGCAGGACUACGUUACAAGUUCCAUCGUUAUUUAGACCGAUCUCAUAAACAUGAAAACCUAAUUGGAUCCACCUACUCGGCGGAGAUGGCCUUAGGAAUGCUAUUCGUUGGGGCCGCAGGAGAGACGGCCGAAGAACUGUGGCGUGCUCUGAAUUUAACCAAUAGAGAGGAUGUAUUGGGAAAGUUCGAGGACCUUCAAAACAUGCAACCUUACACCAUCGAAAUGUUUAAUUACCUGCUCGUUAAUAGGAAAUAUAAGGUAAAAGAGACAUAUAUCAAGCAGGUGGCGCAGUACUUUGAGGGCGUAAUCGAUUCUGUGGACAUGAACAACUCAAAAGCGGUGACUUCUAAAGUUAACAAGUGGGUAAAUGACCGAACUCAUGGCACGGUCAAAAAACUAAUGUCAUAUGUAGGACCUGAUGUCAAUGGAAUACUGCUAAAUGUGCUUUAUUUCAAAGGCCAAUGGGCGAAGAAGUUCGAUCCGUCACUGACCCAACAAGAUUAUUUCCAUGUGUCGGACACAAAAAGUAUCCCUGUCCAGAUGAUGGUUAUGCGAGGCAGGUUCCGGGCGGAACGAUUCUUCCAUUUGGGUAUCAAAGUUAUUGAGUUGCCGUUCAUGAAGGAUGGCCUUGUGAUGCUCAUCUAUUUGCCCACCAGUAGCGACGGCCUCGACGAACUGGAGGAAAAAAUUCAGGAAUCCACGUUGCCUCAAGAACGUCAGUUGGUAAACCUGAGGCUUCCAAAGUUCAGAAUCUCAACUAAAACCAAACUAAAGUCGAUUCUCAAUCAGUUUGGCAUCCAAAACUUAUUUUCGCCUGCAGCGAAUCUAACUGGCAUCGUAGAAGAUAGCAAUUUCCACAUCGAUGAUGUUAUACAGGACGCAUUCAUUGAGAUCAAUGAGGAUGGCAUUGAGACAGCGGCUGUCACAGGGGGACGGUCCCCAGCGAUGGACUUUACAGCCAAUAUUCCAUUUGCCUACGUUAUUCGGGAUAGUCACGAAAUUUACUUUCAGGGUCAUGUCAUCGAGCCUGAGUGGGAUAUAUGAACGACCCGGUUUAACAUUUAAAAUUUAAUACACAAAUAAAAUUACUAGUGUAUAAAUUCUCCUGUGACUUAUUUAAUUAAUCCCAGGAACAGAUUCCCAAA